AUGAGAAGGCGAAAGCCCGGGAAGAUCCUGAAGAUGACGCCAGGCGAAAAAGCCAAAAAGGACGUCUUGCUGCGCAAAAUGAAGCCAGGACUACGGAGGUCCUACUUCACGGCGUGCCAUUCUUUCUACAUGACGGCGAAACGCGCUCUCGGCCCGCACGACCGCCAGGAAACGCUCGCACAGGCUGUGGACGCAUCUCUCAAGGAUUGCGAGGCCAGGGAACGGGAGGGGGGCCCAUCCGAGCAGCCAGAUCGGCCUUAG